AUGGCAUCCAACCUAGAUCUCAAAGUUUCUGUCCAACUAAAUGGUUAUCCCUUGUUCAGGUCGCCCCAGAUAGCCCUUAGCUCUACCAGAGCGCGUGCUAUACAAAUUAUAAUCGAUAAAUGCGCUCAAGACAUCGAAUACCAACUUACACGGGCCGGUGGGGAUAAGAGAAGGAACGCGGAGCAAGACAGAAGAUUUCAAGAGAAUUUGAGGGCUAAGAUGGCUAACCACAAUCCAUCUUGGGAUGCUCAUCUUUGA